CUCACGACAUUCACUGACAAACAGCGAAUUAGACGCGAGAUAGCAAGACGAGUCUUCAAGAAUCAAGACACUGAACCUUUUCAGCAAGAAGCGACAAAAUGAUCUCGCAAGGAUAGCAUUUUAUCGUUAUACAUAUUGUUCUCGUUCAACGCGAUAGCUAAACGUUGCGCGGCAUAAGUACACAACUGUCUCGACCGCAUACGUCUAAUUGAGCACACGCAUUGUUUUACUGCUACACAUAAGACGUUGAAAGCAACUUAGCGCUCGGAGGUGAGCCAUGGCGGCCGCCGGGGCCGUCGCCGUCAAGGUUCGCGCGCUGGUGCCCGGCGCCGACGUCGCGCUAAUUGAGCGCGUUCUGAACGUCCACGAUGCUCCGUCUAAUACGACUUUCGUGUGUGUGGGCGACGAGAUCAGCACGGAGGGGCAGGAGGGCUUCCUGCGCGGCCACGGCACGCAGGUCGUUGACGGAAAGCUCGUGGCGACCGUGUGCGGCGUUGUGGAGCGCGUGAACAAGCUCAUCUACGUCAAGACACUCAACAGCCGCUACAACGCGGAGCAGGGUGACGUCGUGGUGGGCCGCGUGGCAGAUCUGGCGGGCAAGGCCUGGCGGGUGGACCUCAAGUCGCGCCAGGAAGCCAAGCUGCUUCUAUCCGCCGUGCAUCUGCCCGGCGGCAUCCAGCGCCGCCGCAACGCCGAGGAUGAACUAAACAUGCGGUCCUUCUUCCGCGAGGGCGAGCUCAUCAGUGCCGAGGUGCAGUCCGUGCACGCGGACGGCAGCGUGGCGCUGCACACGCGCAGCGCCAAGUACGGCAAGCUGGUGUGCGGGCAGCUGCUGGAGGUGCCGCCAAACCUCAUAAAGCGCCAGAAGCAGCACUUCCACACGCUCGAGGCUCUGGGCGUGGAGCUCAUCAUCGGCUGCAACGGCCUGGUAUGGGUGGCGCCGCUGCGGCCGGACCGCCUAGCGGCGGCGAACGCCGCCGCAGGCGGCGGCGCCGGCUCCGCCGGCGCCGACGAGGACGAGGCGGCGGCGGCUGCGCCGCCGCCGCCGCCCAGCCGGAUGCAGCUGGAGGUGGUAUGCCGCAUGGCGAACGCAAUCCGUGUGCUAACACGGCUAUACAUGCCGGUGUACCCCGCGUCCAUCAUGGCCACCUACGAGGCGGCAGUGGAGGGCGAGGUGGCGCUGGCAGACAUGAUGGAGCCGGGCUUCCUGGAGGCGGUGGUGGGACAGGAGGCGCAGCGGCGCAGCAGCGCAAUGCAGGAGUAGCUGCCGGGCUGGGCAGUGGGGCGGAGUGGGGAGGGACGGCGAGAGGAGGGGCAGGGGGGGGGCGGCAGCUGGAGGCAGCGGUACACGCCAGGGUGGAAGAAGCACGCGGGAACCCAAAAGAUUAACUGCGCAUGGCUGCGGCGAUCGCAUUUCCAUUCAAGCUCAUGCGUCAAUGCUGGUGGGGCCCAGCUCGUACAGUUCGAGAGCGCCGUUGCGGGAGGAGACAGGGCUGGAGAGAAAGCUUAAGCUGAGGGCGCUGGGGUGUGUGACUGCACAUACCGGAGUGCUGUUACUGACCAUUCCCAACAGGGAAGGCAGUGCCGUGCGUCUGCUGGCAGCAGGAGGAACAGGGAAAGCAGGAUGGUGGCGGUCGUUGCUGCCCAUCCAUUAGCAAGCGUGUGUCUGAUGCUUUGGGCGCAGGGGGAGUGCGCUCGGUAUGGUGUGGUAGACAUGACCGGCGCUUGGCCUUGCGGCAAGCGUGUGCUGCUCGAGACUUGUGAUGUAUUAGAAUAUGCGGUCUCGUGCCUCCUGACGGACAGAAAGGAUGAGUGAGCAGGCAAGUCUGUGCACAUUGCCCUAAGCACCUGCUGCAGAGGUCUGUGAACAACGUACUGGAUGAAGGGUGCGCUGGGGGCUGGACAUUCUCGGACAUAGGACAGUGCGCAUUGGGCUUGGCGCUGGAUUAGCAUGUGGAGCUGGCCAAGCCAACUAGCCGCGGAGGGCACGCGAAGGGGCCGUGCUGUGCACGCUGUGGCGAUGGAGCGCAGUGGUGGUGUUGUAAGCGAGCCAUGUU